CCCACCUCUCACUCUCACUCUCACACUCUCACCAUCUCACUCUGCUGCCUCAUAUCUCCACACUGCACACCUCCUCUGCAUUGGUCUCACGCUUCUGUCAUCCACUCCACUAUGUGUCCCUCGUAAACUGGGCUCACCAGGGAGGACCAUGCAGUCCAUAUUUAAACACUACGAAUGGUUUCACUGGCCCACUGUCACUUGGACCUGGCUGGACUCUCUACUUGUGCAGUGACUUCACUGCUUUAUUUAACCGAGGAGAAACACAAACAAUAGUACAGUCAAUGCCCAUGUCCAGCAGGACAUGUGAUGUUACUGAGACACUACCAAGCAGGAGCGUGUAUAUUACCUUACACUAUAUAACUUCACUGUAGCCACAGGCCAUACAUGAGCUAUAUUUAUGUAUUAUGAAAAUGUACAUAAUUAUUUUUGAGUCUGAACAAAACAGUCUUGUUUGCUUCCCGGGCUUCCUAAACGGGCUCGUGCCUCACAUGACCUGGAACAAGUUACAGUGGGGACGCUACUUCGUAUGCCGUUUAGAGAAUUGCGUGUUUACAUUUAAUUCUGCUUGAAUGUGUAGAUAUUUCAAUACAUUUUUACAGCUAGAGUUGAUUAUGUUCAUAUUUUAUCCAGUGUAUUUUCUAUGAUCAAUAUUAAAUACAGACUCAUUCUUUUAAAAAAAACAGGUUUUGAUGUGUAUUCGGUUCUUACUCAAAGAUGAACUCUGACAACCCCAUCAGUGGGCUGGGAGUGGAGUCGUGUGCAUGGGAUUGUGGCAACGGAACCUUUUGUUUUAUGGUUAUGGUACCAUCCGGACGUAUACAACACACGGACUCUGAAGAUCGAGCCUACCGGCUGAGGUUACAGUAAACUGAUAACUUAGGCGAUAAAAAAUAUGUAACGUUAAAUUCCACUGACUCCGUGGAAAUGCAUUGCAUUGCCUGCAGGGCUCUACUCUGCGUCUCUCUUGGGAAAAGAGCGAAUUUCAAUCUUGGAACAGUACGCGUAAGAUCAACAAAAUGCCUCUCCGAUUUACAAGUGAAGUCGAGCUACAAAGUGAAUGAGAAAUCACCCCUAACAAGCAGGCGAAAGGUCUGUCAGCGGGUGCUGGAGCACUUUGACGCGCAGUAUGCUGAGGAGCUGGGCAGCUUGUGGAUGUCUGUGAGGUCUGUGUUGCUAAACCCGGACUGCUGGCAGCAUGGGGUGAUGUUGAACCGCUUCACUGACCUGGGCGACCUGAGGAUGCGGCUGCAGGAGCUGGGAUACACCAGCCUCCUCCCUCAGAGUGAUCAGGAGCGCCCCAGCGCACACACACUCCCGCCGCCAGUCUCCGCCGGCUCCCUGGAGUGUGUGGUCCAGGAGCGCCCCAGCACACACACACUCUCCGGCGGCUCCCUGGAGUGUGUGGUCCAUGAGCGCCCCAGCACACACACACUCCCGCCGCGAGUCUCCUCCGGCUCCCUGGAGUGUGUGGUCCAGCGGGCGCCCGUGCGUCUGCCCGCCCCGAGGCACGAGCGCGGCCGUCUGAAGCCCUACUUCCUGCUCAACGCCGCCUCGCUGCUGCCCGUGCUGGCGCUCGCCGUCACCGAGGGCGACCGCGUGAUGGACAUGUGCUCCGCACCCGGUGGCAAAGCACUCGCCAUCCUACAGACCACCCGCCCAGGCCUUCUGCAUUGUAAUGAAGUAGACAAACACCGCUGCGAUUGGCUGUCUAAGACACUGGAGUCCUAUGUGCCCGCCCCUCUGAUGGAGACGCUCCAACUGACCAAUCAGGACGGGAGAGACUUCGGACACACACACCAAGGCAUGUAUGACAAGGUGCUGGUAGACGCUCCCUGUUCAAAUGACCGGAGCUGGCUCUUUACCUCCAGUGUCCAGCAGGGGGAGCUGUGGCUGAAAGAGAGACAGAAGCUGCCCAAGCUGCAGGCCCAGCUGCUCUGCUCGGCGCUGGCUGCGGUUCGUCCCGGUGGCGCGGUUGUCUACUCCACUUGCACCCUCUCUCGGGCGGAGAACCACGCCGUUGUCGAGGCGGCCCUAGCAACCUGCCCAGGGGUGGAGCCUGAAGACCUGCAGGAGGAGCUGGCCAAUCAGCUCUCAGAGCACUUCAGCUUCGCCCCGCCUCUCUGGCCCCCGGGGCUGCUGGUCGUCCCAGAGCGCCUUGGACACACCUGGGGACCCAUGUACCUGUCCCGCCUCAGGAGGAGGACGUAACACACACACACACACACACACACACACCUGGGGACCCAUGUACCUGUCCCGCCU